AUGAGUGUCACAUGUGUUUCUGACACGGCAGGGCAAGAACGUUUUCGAACAUUAACACCUGGCUAUUAUCGUGGUGCACAAGGUGCUAUUCUUGUUUACGAUGUGUGUAGUCGUGAUUCAUUUCGACAAUUGGAUCGAUGGAUUGCUGAAUUGGAUACAUUUUCUACCAAGAUGAAUAUUAUUAAAAUGCUAGUUGGAAACAAAAUCGAUCGAGAAGAUGACCGCGAAGUGACACGAGAUGAAGGUGCUAGAUUUGCACGUAAACAUUCAAUGUUAUUCAUUGAAGCAUCAGCUCGAACGCGUGAAGGUGUACAAAUAGCAUUUGAGGAACUUGUUCAGAAGAUCAUUCAAACGCCCGCAUUAUGGCAAAGUGAACAGAAAGCUAAAGAGAAUACAAUUAAUCCAAUCGAUGAUGAUAAUUCCAAUGGAUCUGGUCAAGGAUGUAUUUGCUAA